AUGAAAGUGCUUAUCGUAUUUGCUCAUCCCGAGCCUCAAUCGCUUACUGGCCACUUGAAAGAUGUAGCAGUAAAGGAAUUGAAGGCUCAAGGCCACGAAGUAAAAAUCACUGAUCUUUACGCUCAAAAUUGGAAGUCAUCGGUCGAUCGCGAUGAUUUUGAGCAGGUUUCGAAAGAUGAUAAACUAUCCGUGGUUUUCUCUUCGCAUACGGCUUACGCCGAAGGUAAAUUAACCGAUGACGUUAAGGUCGAGCAAGAAAAACUCUUGUGGGCGGACACUUUGUUGUUGCACUUCCCGCUAUGGUGGUUCUCAAUGCCUGCGAUACUCAAAGGGUGGGUCGAACGUGUCUUUUCCUGCGGAUUCGCGUACGGCGUCGGAGAGCACGAUGAUGAAAAGUGGGGGGUUCGUUAUGGUGACGGAAUAUUCGCUGGUAAGCGCGCAAUGCUUGUGAUAACGAUCGGCGGCUGGAAGGAACACUACGGGGACCGCGCAAUAAAUGGUCCUAUUGACGAUGUUCUUUACCCCAUAAACCACGGUAUGCUUUUCUAUCCUGGUUUCAGCGUUCUUCCCCCAUUUGCGUUGUACAACACCCACCGCUUGAGUGAGGAACAAAUCAAGAUUGCAACUGAAGAUCUCCGUGAGCGUAUGCGUACUCUUGGAUCGACAGACCCUAUCGCAUACCGCAAACAGAACGACGGUGACUACAACAUUCCUGCGCUGACUUUACGAGACGAUAUCGAGCCUGGUGCCAAAGGAAUGUCAGUCAACCUGGACAAGUCGAAGAAAUGA